AUGGUCGGGGAUGAAGUCAUUCGCGGGGUAUCCGGCGGAGAAAGAAAGCGAGUGUCAAUUGCUGAGGUCAUGGCUACUCAGGCUCCUGUUCAAUGCUGGGACAACUCAACUCGAGGCCUAGACGCCAGCAAUGCAUUGGACUUUGCACGUGUCUUGCGCAAGAUGGCCGACGGGGAGCACAAGUCCAUUGUUGCAACUCUCUAUCAAGCUGGAAACGGUAUCUACGAUCUCUUUGACAAAGUACUUGUGCUUGCUGAAGGAAGAGAGAUAUACUAUGGCCCCACAACCGAAGCCAAACAAUACUUUGAAGACAUGGGCUUUGAGUGCACGCCAGGAGCAAAUGUCUCUGAUUUCCUCACCUCAGUUUCGGUUCCCACGGAGCGACAGAUACGCCCUGGAUACGAAGACAAGAUCCCGACAAGUCCGGCAGAUUUUGAAGACGUGUAUAAGACGAGCGCUCUUUUCGAAAGAAUGGCACAGCAAAUGAACGUGUUGUCAGAAAAGUCUCUGUCGAAUGAAGUGGAGAGUCUCCUCAGACUUCGAGAUGCAGAGAAGAACCGCUCACUGCCAUUUCUAUCUCGUCAAGGCAGCCCCUAUCAGGUGUCAUUCGCGAGCCAGUUUCAAAUCAUCUGGGGAGACCGUUGGUCGAACGCAUUGCAGAUUGCUUCUGCCCUAAUCAUGGCGUUGGUCACCGGAAGUCUUUUCUACAACCUCCCAUCCGACAGCACCUCCAUCUUCACCCGGCCGGGUGCUCUCUUCUUCCCAAUCCAACUAUUCGCCAUGAACAAGAUGUCUGAGACCACAGCCUCCUUCAUGGGACGCCGAAUCAUCUCAAGACACAAGCGGCUUGCCUUUCAUCGGCCCGCAGCGUACGCCCUAGCAAGUGCGGCAACUGAUGUGCCGCUUGUCAUUCUGGCAUACUCUUUGUUUCAGCUGAUCUAUUACUUCAUCGUGGAUUUUCAGCGCGAGGCGGGCCACUUCUUCACUAAUUGGUUCAUGCUCAUUCUAUGUACACUGUGCUUUUCUUCCCUGUUCCGCAUGAUCGGAGCUUGGUGCAGGCAUUUUGGGCUGGCUUCACAAAUUACUGGGUGGAUGACAAUGGUUUUCAUGGUCUACGCAGGAUAUCUCAUUCCCGUACCGAGCAUGCCUGUCUGGUUCCGUUGGAUUUCGUGGCUGAACCCUGCAACAUACACCUUCGAAGCGAUCAUGGCCAAGGAGAUGGGGGAUCUCACUCUGAAUUGCAUUCAACCUCAGCUUAUCCCCUUUGGAUCUACCUAUGAUGGUAGCCAGUAUCGCAGCUGCACAGUCAGGGGAUCUACGUCGGGGUCGACAAUCAUCGACGGCGAAACCUACAUGAAUGCUCAAUAUUCGGUUUACAAAGCACACAUCUGGCGCAACGCAGGCAUUCUCAUCGGAUUCUGGAUCUUCCUGGCACUUAUGACCGCAGUUGGCUUUGAGAUCAAUCUGCAUUCCGACUCUGGCUCGAAGGUGUUAUUCGACCGACGAAGCAAACAGAAGGAGGCAGCUACAAAGGGAGACACGGAGAAGGCGGAUGCAUCGGCUACCUCUCAUGACGUCUCCUAUAUGUCUCUUAGCAAGACGGUGUUCACUUUCAAAGAUAUCAGCUAUUUUGUUCGUCACGAAGGAAAGGACCUGCAGCUUCUUCGCGGAGUCUCUGGCUACGUCAAGCCCGGACAGCUAGUCGCGCUCAUGGGUAGCUCCGGUGCUGGCAAGACGACUUUGAUGGACGUUUUGGCACAGAGGAAAGACAGUGGCACGAUCGAAGGCAGCAUCAUGGUCAAUGGAAAGCCGCAGGGUAUCAGCUUCCAGCGGACAACGGGCUACUGUGAGCAAAACGACGUCCACGAACCCACUGCUACGGUCUGGGAGAGCCUUUUGUUCUCGGCGAGGCUGCGACAGAGCCACAAUAUUCCAGAUGAGGAGAAGCAGGACUACGUUCGAGGCAUCAUGGAGUUACUCGAGCUGACGCCUCUGCAGCAUGCCAUUGUUGGAACGCCUGGCGAGGGCCUCUCUAUAGAGCAGCGUAAGCGUCUCACUCUCGCGACUGAACUCGUCGCGAAGCCUUCUCUCCUUUUCCUCGACGAACCGACUUCCGGCUUGGAUGGCCAGUCUGCCUACGAGAUCUGUCGCUUUAUGCGCAGGCUUGCAGCAUCUGGACAGACCAUCAUUUGCACCAUUCAUCAGCCAUCUGCAACCCUCUUCGAUGCAUUUGAUGUGCUUCUCCUCUUAGCCCGUGGAGGACGUACGACCUACUUUGGACCGACUGGCAGUAACUCAGCAACAGUGAUUGACUACUUUGCCCGAAAUGGCGCCCCUUGCCCACCGCACGCGAAUCCCGCAGAGCACAUAGUUGAUGUUGUGCAAGGCCGUUUUGGUACUAAGAUCGAUUGGCCGCAGACGUGGCUAGACUCUCCGGAGAGAGAAGCGGCCAUCAAAGAACUUGAUGCCCUCAACUCCAACAGCGACGAGGAGAAGGGUCCCGAGACAACGACUGCGACUGAGGCCGUCGAUGAGAACCAACUUGCUGGAUUUGCAACCCCAGUCACCUAUCAAGUCUACCUUGUCACGAGCCGACAACUGGUCGCUCUAUGGCGCAACCCUGAUUACGUCUGGAACAAAAUUGGAUUGCACAUCACCAACGGACUCUUUGGAGGUUUCACGUAUUGGAUGCUGGGUGACGGUACUUUCGACCUGCAACUCAGACUCAUGGCUGUGUUCAAUUUCGUGUUUGUUGCCCCUGGAUGUAUCAACCAGCUGCAGCCGCUCUUCAUCCGGAACCGCGACGUCUUCGAGACUCGCGAGAAGAAGUCCAAGACGUACCAUUGGUUUGCCUUUGUGGCGGCUCAGUUGCUGUCAGAGACACCCGUGCUGAUUGUGUGCGGUACGCUUGCGUUUGUCACUUGGUACUUCACAGUUGGCUUCCCCACAGAAGCGAGGAUUUCCGGACAGGUUUACCUUCAAAUGAUCCUCUAUGAGUUCCUUUACACUUCGCUGGGGCAAGCCAUUGCCGCUUACAGCCCCAACGCCUACUUCGCUGCGCUGGCCAAUCCUAUCAUCAUCGGCGCUGGUCUCAUCAACUUUUGCGGCGUUGUUGUUCCAUACUCGCAGAUCACAGCCUUUUGGAGAUACUGGCUUUACUGGCUCGAUCCUUUCACCUACCUCAUCCAAGGAAUGCUGGAGCCUGUAGUCUGGGAUAUCGAGGUUCACUGCAAGUCAAACGAGUUGACUCACAUUCCACUUCCGGGUAACAGCACCUGUGGGGAGUACCUCGCCGAGUUUCUCACUUCCGAGCCGGGCUACGUUGUCGAUCCGGAAAACAGCACCAUGUGCGCAUAUUGCCCCUACAGCACUGGCUCAGACUACAUGCGAACCAUGAACAUCAAUAACUCAAGCUAUGGGUGGAGAGGAGUCGGUAUUACAGCGCUCUUCUGCGUUUCGUCUUACGCCCUCGUCUUUCUGAUGAUGAAACUGCGGACCAAGACCACGAAAACCGCGAGCUAG